UAGAGCUAGAGUAAACGUACAACAUAAUUUUACACAAUAUAAAUGAAAACGUUAUUCCAUUAAUCCAGACCGGAAGUGGGAUUUUCCUCAACCGGAAGUUGUCAGCCGUGUUUUUGUUGCUAGUGGGGACUGUUGUGUUGUGAAAAUGGCGACGCCUCGUCGCUCCACUCAGCAUCAGACGAGCUCCCUGCUGUCCUCCCCGCCCCGAGGCUCCUCUCUGCCCGUCGCUCCGCCGGUUUCUCCGCCGCCACCCGCCGACGAUGCCACCGCGUUUCCUCACGGAGCUGCAACGGAGAGGGAGGCGGACGGUGAGGUAGCCCCGGCCUCUCCCACCGCUACCACCACCACCACCCCCAGCAGCAGCUCCAGCAGCAGCAGCAGCAGCAGCUCCAGCAGCAGCUCCAGCAGCAGCACUAGCAGCACCGCUAGCUCCCCGACCACCACCGAGGGCAGCGGGACCAGCCCUGGUUCCACGCCCGAUUCGGGCAGCGCGCACGCGGGCGGCGGCGGCGGCGGUGCAGCUGCUAACGGUGCGUUCAGGGAGCUGUUCGAGUCCUGUAGAAACGGCGACGUUUCCAGGGUGAAGAAGCUCGUGGACGCCGUGAAUGUGAACGCUAAAGACAUGGCCGGACGCAAAUCCACCCCCCUGCAUUUUGCUGCAGGUUUCGGGCGGAAGGAUGUGGUGGACCACCUGCUUCAGACAGGUGCUAAUGUGCACGCUCGUGAUGACGGGGGUCUGAUCCCGCUUCACAACGCCUGUUCAUUUGGUCACUCUGAGGUGGUGUCCCUGCUGCUGUGUCAGGGGGCCGACCCAAACGCUCGAGACAACUGGAACUAUACACCUCUGCAUGAAGCCGCCAUCAAGGGCAAGAUAGACGUCUGCAUAGUGCUACUGCAGCAUGGAGCGGACCCCAACAUCCGCAACACUGACGGCAAGUCGGCCCUGGACCUGGCAGAACCCUCGGCCAAAGCCGUGCUCACAGGUGAAUACAAGAAGGAUGAGCUGCUGGAGGCGGCGAGGAGUGGAAACGAGGAGAAGCUAAUGGCCUUGCUCACGCCGCUCAAUGUUAACUGCCAUGCGAGUGACGGCCGCAAGUCAACUCCACUGCACCUGGCAGCAGGCUACAACAGGGUCAGGAUAGUUCAGCUGCUGCUACAGCACGGAGCAGAUGUUCACGCCAAGGACAAGGGUGGUUUGGUGCCUCUACACAACGCCUGCUCUUAUGGCCACUAUGAAGUCACUGAGCUGCUGCUAAAGCACGGCGCCUGUGUUAACGCCAUGGACCUGUGGCAGUUCACGCCUCUCCACGAGGCCGCGUCCAAAAACCGCGUGGAGGUGUGCUCGCUGCUGCUGAGCCACGGCGCCGACCCGACCCUGCUCAACUGCCACAGCAAGAGCUCCGUGGACAUGGCCCCCACUCCGGAGCUGAAGGAGAGACUUACAUAUGAGUUUAAGGGACACUCGCUGCUCCAAGCUGCCCGAGAAGCUGACAUGGCCAAAGCGAAGAAGUCUCUGGCCCUGGAGAUCAUCAACUUCAAACACCCCCACACACACGAGACUGCUCUGCACUGUGCUGUAGCAUCACCUCACCCCAAGAGGAAACAGGUGACGGAGCUGCUGCUGAGGAAGGGCGCCAACGUCAAUGAGAAGAACAAGGAUUUCAUGACUCCCCUCCACGUGGCAGCAGAGCGAGCUCAUAAUGACAUCAUGGAGGUGCUGCAGAAACAUGGUGCCAAGGUGAACGCCCUGGACACUCUGGGUCAGACGGCGCUGCACCGCGCGGCCCUGGCGGGUCACCUUCAGACCUGCAGGCUGCUGCUGGGAUACGGGGCCGACGCCUCGCUGGUGUCACUGCAGGGCUUCACCGCCGCUCAGAUGGGAAACGAAGCCGUUCAGCAAAUACUCAAUGAGAAUAUCCCGAUGAGAAAUUCAGACGUGGACUACAGACUCCUGGAAGCUGCCAAAGCCGGAGACCUGGACACAGUCAAGUCUCUGUGCACAGCUCAGAAUGUGAAUUGUAGAGACCUGGAGGGACGACACUCGACUCCUCUCCACUUCGCUGCUGGCUACAACAGAGUGUCGGUGGUCGAGUACCUGCUGCACCACGGGGCUGAUGUGCACGCCAAAGACAAAGGCGGCCUGGUUCCUCUGCACAACGCCUGUUCGUACGGUCACUACGAGGUGGCCGAGCUGCUGGUCAGACACGGAGCCUCGGUCAACGUGGCCGACCUGUGGAAGUUCACGCCGCUGCAUGAAGCUGCUGCUAAGGGCAAAUAUGAGAUCUGCAAACUGCUGCUCAAGCAUGGAGCAGACCCCACAAAGAAGAACCGCGAUGGGAACACUCCUCUGGACCUGGUGAAGGACGGGGACACAGACAUCCAGGACCUGCUGAGAGGAGACGCUGCGCUGCUGGACGCUGCAAAGAAAGGCUGCCUGGCCCGAGUGCAGAAGCUGUGCAGUCCUGACAACAUCAACUGUCGGGACACGCAGGGGCGCAACUCCACCCCCCUUCACCUGGCAGCCGGCUAUAACAACUUGGAGGUGGCAGAGUAUCUUCUGGAACAUGGAGCUGACGUGAAUGCACAAGACAAAGGAGGGCUGAUACCUCUACACAAUGCUGCCUCCUACGGGCACGUGGAUAUCGCUGCCCUCCUCAUCAAGUACAACACAUGCGUCAAUGCCACCGACAAGUGGGCUUUUACUCCCCUGCACGAAGCCGCUCAGAAGGGGCGGACGCAGCUCUGCGCUCUGCUUCUGGCCCACGGAGCCGAUCCCACUAUGAAGAAUCAGGAGGGACAGACGCCGCUGGAUUUAGCGACGGCUGAUGACAUCAGAGCCUUGUUAAUUGAUGCUAUGCCGCCUGAUGCCCUGCCAAGCUGUUUGAAACCACAGGCCACUGUGGUGAGUGGAACUGUAGUGAGCGCGGGGGCUCCGGCGGCUGUGGUCAUCUCUCCCUCGCCAUCCCCGUCCUGCCUCUCUGCCGCCAGCAGCAUAGACAACCUGGCCACGCCCCUCGCUGACAUCAGCGUGGCCGGCGCCACUGGGACUGCAGACGGAGCGUCUGGCUCCGACCGGAAGGAGGCAGAGACUCUGCUUGACAUGACCAUCAGCCAGUUUUUGAAGAGUUUAGGGCUGGAACAUCUCCGAGACAUCUUCCAGCGGGAGCAGAUUUCCCUGGACGUGCUGGCGGACAUGGGGCACGAGGAGCUGAAGGAGAUCGGCAUCAACGCUUACGGUCACAGGCACAAACUAAUCAAGGGCAUCGAGAGGCUGCUGGGAGGCCAGCAAGGUGCGAACCCGUAUCUGACGUUCCACUGCUCCAGUCAGGGCACCGUGCUGAUCGACCUGGCACCCGAUGACAAAGAGUUCCAGUCGGUGGAGGAGGAACUGCAGAGCACUAUACGAGAACACCGCGAUGGAGGCAACGCAGGCGGAGUCUUCAGCCGCUACAACAUCAUUAAGAUUCAGAAGGUGGUGAACAAGAAGCUGCGGGAGAGAUACGCACACAGGCAAAAGGAGAUCGCAGACGAGAACCACAACCACCACAACGAGCGCAUGCUCUUUCACGGCUCACCCUUCAUUAACGCCAUCAUCCACAAAGGCUUCGACGAGCGCCACGCCUACAUCGGAGGCAUGUUUGGCGCCGGCAUCUACUUUGCAGAGAACUCCUCCAAAAGCAACCAGUAUGUGUACGGCAUCGGCGGAGGCACGGGGUGUCCCACACACAAAGACCGCUCCUGCUACGUGUGCCACAGGCAGAUGCUGUUCUGCAGAGUGACGCUGGGGAAGUCCUUUCUUCAGUUCAGCGCCAUGAAGAUGGCCCACGCCCCCCCCGGACACCACUCGGUCAUAGGGCGGCCCAGCGUCAACGGGCUGGCGUACGCGGAGUACGUGAUCUACAGAGGGGAGCAGGCGUACCCAGAGUACCUGAUCACCUACCAGAUUGUGAAGCCGGAGAGCCCGGCCACGCCUGCAGCCACGGCCGAGCAGAAGUCUUAGAGCGCGUUCACUGGCGGAGCGGGAAAAGGCUGGAACGCGGCGGACUAGAACUCUGUGAAGCAGAGCUGAGCUCAAAGGCCUUUCAGACGUCAGACCCAGUGUGAAAGCUCCAGAGCUGUACUCGUGGUACAGUGAGCGGGCAGGAGUCCGACGGUGCUCCAGACAGACGAGGUCACGUCUAAGCGGAGCAGAGGCGUCCUUUGAGCUGUGGGGUCUGAUGCGUGUUCUGUCCAAAGGAGACGCAGAUUCUGGGACAGGGUUGACUUUCUGGCACGAAGCAGUUUUUCUACAAAGGGUUUUUAACACAUCAGUCGGACUGAAGGGUCUGAGUGUUUGCGCCUUUGCACUGAACAUGCGUUCGACCCCCACUUUUUAAAGGUGUUGCUUGGAGCCUGUUACAUUUCAACAGCUCUCUGUUUACCCGCCACACUUGUGCUGUAAACAGAGAGGAAAGAGUGACGCCUGGGCAGCGAGAUGUGAAAGAGAUUAUUGUGGACAAACACCCAGAAGUACGUACGCAGAAAACAAACAGGGGACCAUAAUCCACUGUUGCACUGCAGACGUUCCACACACCACACCAUCUUCCUCCUCCUUUUUUUUGCUCUAACUCUGCAGAUACACACACAUUUACACGCUACAACUCCGGAACUGUUCGCAGGGGUUGCCGACAGCAACCACAGCAUCUGAAUGUAGACGAGCUGAACACACUGCUACCUGAGCCUCAAUUUGUGUUUAAUGAUAAUUAUUUUUAAUAUUCACCAACACAUUCAACACAUGUACGAGAAAACUUUGUGUCACUGUGGAGGAUCUGAGUAUUUACACGUGGUGGUUGCUGUUAGUUUUAACCCAGCGUCCGAGCGCACGGGACCAGAGUGUCACACGCUUAUAUUUACAUGCAAACACUACAGGCCAGUUUGUGCACACGCUGGACUCACUCACAAUCACUGCGGGACACGUUCUGCGAUUCAUCCUGCUUUUUUUAACGCAGCUUCGGCUUCACACCCUCUGCUGCUUCACCGGUGUGUCACUCAUCCUCAUGCCUUGUCUCUGGCAUGGACUGAUGUUUGUGUUGAGUACAUGUACACACGCUGCUGCCUCCCUGUCCCUCUCUGCUCUACCCUGUGCUCGUGGGCGCCCCCUAGCGUUUAAACAGAGGGUUGAGGCGUAUGUGCUGGUAGAGGUUCAUUUUUGUUCCGUUUACACUCCUUAAACAUCAAGCAGAUGUCAAAGUGAGCCGAGUCACCAGCUAUAAAUUUAUUUGUAUCGCAGGAAAGCUACAGGUUGACUGAGGGCAGUGUGUUGUACAUAAACUGUGAACCAGCUAUCACAUCUGUAUAGAUUUAUUGUGUCACUAUUCUCCACACCUGAGCCUGAACUGACCAUGGUUUUCUGUUGCUGUUUUUUAUUUAUGUUUCCUAAUUAGCACUGUACAUCACACAGGACCACCUACAGCUUCCACAUCCUUAAUGCAGACACGGUCAUGUGAUGUAAAGCUCUUAUAAAUCCCUGCAGCUGUGGGGAAUGGGAAAUAAAUGGCCUUAGAAGUUUUUUAAAAAAAAUAUUGCCUUGAAUUUGCUGGUAAACUUAAUAUGUUGGGGUUGACGUGAACCAAAUAGCAUCAAAGGGGGGACAGCUGGUGUAUGUUUGCUCGUCUCAGCUCGUUUCAGCUGAUUUGCACUUUCUUUUUGUGAAGAUGACGUUGGUCUGAGCCCCUCUGUCCAACCGCUUUCAGGCUGUGAAUUCUUUCCAUCGGCUUUUUAUUGUAAAUGUUAUCAUGUUUAAUCCCAAGGCUGCGAAUUAAAAAAUGACUACUAGUAGUGGAAGUUCCCACCGUAUCCACCAGGUGGCGUUAACAUUGCGUGCCCAUUUUGACCCCUGACCUCAGCAACAUUAACACCAGCAGGUGGAUUUAUUCAAUAUUUAUGAAUUUAAGACCAGCAUACGGUCCCUUGUCAUUGCAUCAUCACGGUCAAUCUGUGCCCUACAUCCAAGGCUUCAAGGUUCUCUCUCUUUCAGUGCUGUUACUCUCCACGACCGGAGCAGAUGGAGUUUAUGUUGUUGACCUCACUCUAUGAGCUAUUAGCAGAAAGCUGUGGGCUUUGUUUGUAAAUAAACUAACUCCAGAUGGGCCUUUUCAUGAGGCGUUUAUGGAC